GAGAGGCAGGCCGAAGCCGAAGCCGCCCCCAGGGCGGCCGACGGAGCGGAACGGCGCGUCCCGCUCGCCUCCGCCCGGGGGGCGCGGCAGCUCCGCCCAGUGGCUCGCCUCCGUGGGCGAAGACUGGAGGACGCUCCAGCACGCCCCGGCAGAUGCCCGCGCGGACCCAGAGAUCGUGUGCGAGGCCAUGCGGAACAGCGGCGGGGAGGCGCUGCUGUUCGCCUCGGCGGAGCUGCGGGGGGAUCGCGAGUACGUGCUCGGCGCGGCGCAGGAGAUAGGCCCUGGCGUUCUGCAGCACGCCUCCGAGGAGCUGCGGGGCGACAGGGCGUUCAUGAUGGAGGUGGUGGACUACUGCCCGCCUGGCGAGGUACUUUACUUCAUGCCGGACGAGCUGCGCGAAGAGCUGCUUUCGGACCGCGAGUUCGUGCUUCAGGCUGUGAUGGACGCUGGCGCGGAGGUGCUGGACUCUGUCCCGGAGACGCUGCGCGGGCAGCGCGAUUUCAUCCUGGCCGUGGCAGACGUCUGCCCGCCAGGUGAGGCGCUCUACUACGCCACGGACGCGCUGCGGGCGGAGCUCUACGCCGACCGCUCCUUCAUGCUGCAGGCCGUGCGGGCCGUGGGGGCGGAGGUGCUCGAGGACGCGAGCGAGGAACUUCGCGGCGACCGCGACUUCCUGCGGGACGCUGCCGCGUGCUGUGCGGAAGGCGACGUGCUCCAGUACGCCUCCGAGGCCGUCCGCGCCGAGUUCGGGGUGAUGCCCCCGGCUCUGGCGCACGGGGGCGCCGUGCAGGCCAACCACUACCUGUCCGCCGAGGCGGGCGAGGCGCCCGCGGACGGCUGGGGCCAGGCCCUCAGCAGCGCCGCCCACGCCGCGCCCGAGUGGGACGACCCCGAGGAGUGGGGCGCCGCCGAGGACUGGUCGGGCCAGGGCGCCCCGGCCGCGGCGGCGCCAGACGCCACGGGCCUCGUGGCGGUGCCCAAGGCCAGCCUGGCCUCGCUCCCGCCGGCGGCCCACGACUUCGCGGCGAACCCCCAGGAGUGCCCUCCCGCCAUGGUGGCAUCGCCGGGGAUGCCAGCGCCGCCCGCUUCUCCAGCGCUGCCGCCGCAGCCGCGCCCGCCCACGCUGCACGAGCAAGGGGCGCGCGUCUUGCAGGCCGUGCGCGAGAUGGGGCCAGAGGCGCUGGCCUACGCUUCCGGCGAGCUGCGGGCUGACAGGGACUUCAUCGUCGCCGCCGCGUCUUGCUGCGCCACACAGGAGGCACUGAGGUAUGCCUCCGACAAGGUCAGGACGGAGCUCUCGAACGACCGCGCAUUUCUACUCAAGUUCUUGCGGGAGGUCGGCGCCUCCGCCCUCGAGUACGCCUCCCUGGAGCUGCGCGGGGACCGCGAGUUCAUGCUCUCCGCGGCGGUGGUCUGUCCCCCUCGGGAGGCACUCAGGUACUCCACCGAGGGGCUGCGGGCGGAGCUCUGCGGGGACAAGGCCUUCAUGCUCAAGGCUGUGUGGCAGGUGGGCACCCCCGCCCUGGAGCACGCCUCGGUCGGACUCAGAGGGGACCGGGACUUCAUGUUCAACGCCUCCUUCUACGUGCUCACGAAGGACGUGCUCGCGCACGCCUCCGACGCCGUGCGGGCGCAGCUGGCCGCCGACAGGAACUUCAUGAAGAAGGCCCUGCGCGAAAACGGCUCGGAAGCCCUGCGCUCCGCGGGGCCGGAGCUGCACGCCGACCACGAGUUCAUGAUGGCGGCGGCGCAGUGUUGCCCGCCCCGCGAAGUGCAGCACUUCGCCAGCGAGGAGGUCAAGGCGGAGCUAUCGCGCGACAAGGAAUUCAUGAAGAAGCUCGUGUGGGAGUCCGGCGCAGGGGUGCUGGGGCAGUGCUCGCCGGAGUUGCGCGGCGACAGGGAGUUCGUCAUGAUCGCGGCGUCGUUCAGCCCAGUUGAGGCGUUGAAGCAAGCUUCCGACCACGUGAGGGCCGAGCUCGCCUCCGACAGGAGCUACAUGCUGAAGGCCGUAAAGGAGGUCGGCGCGAAGGCGCUGGAGCACGCCGCAGAGGAGCUGCGGGCGGACCUCGGCUUCAUGCUGUCGGUGUCGGGGUCGGGCAUCUGCUCGCCCGGCGAGGCCAUGCAGUACGCCACCGAGGGGCUCCGCGCCAUGCUCGAGGAUGACGACGAGAUCUGA